AUGCACGAAAUAAUCCAAAACCCUCCAAACUCUACUUUAACUGCUUUCUUCAAGCUAUGUCAAAAUGAUCCAUUUGCCAAAACACUCUUAUAUUGUGAAGUGCCUCACUACUACACAUGGAAUGCCACUAGAAAAGAGUUCCGGCGUCGACUAUUGGGCGUUCCUGUUGAAAACAAUCCAGGUAUAAAGUACAGCGAUGCUCUGGGUCGUGUUUACAACAUCCACCCUAACAACCUUGAAUGCUUUUGUUUGCGAAUGCUUUUGCACAAGGUGCGUGGUCCGACAUCCUUCCAAGACCUGAGGACCGUUGAAAAUGUCAUAUAUGCAACUUAUAAGGAAGCCUGUCAAUCUCUCGGUCUUUUAGAAGACGAAAAUCACUGGGAUUCCACAAUGCAGGAAGCUGCCUUAGUUAAGUCAGCGCCACUCAUACGCCAAUUGUUUGCCAUUCUCAUUAGUUCAUGUGGGCUUCUAAACCCUUUACAUUUAUGGGAAAAGUAUAAGAGUGGCAUGUCUGAAGACAUACUCCACAGACACAGAGUUGCAGUUCCUCAAUUGGAGGUAAAUGACCUAAUCAUUAACGAAGCUCUCAAAGAUCUUCAACAGAGAAUUUUGUCUAUUUGUGGAAAGGAUCUUAGCGCUUUCGGUUUACCAAGACCUCAUUUAAAUUUGGAAGCCAACACAGAAGUACUCCGUGAAAGGUCUUAUAACCCUGAUGAGCUUGCACAGUAUGUCCAAGAAAUGACACCGAAGCUACUUCCUGAACAACGAAAUGUCGUAGACAUAGUUCUUACAAAAAUAAUCAACCAGGAAAGUGCAGUUUUUUUUCUGGACGCUCCUGGUGGUACUGGGAAGACGUUUGUUAUGAAACUUUUGCUCGCACAUAUUCGGAAAGAAAACGAUAUUGCUAUGGCGGUUGCAUCUUCAGGUAUUGCCGCCACUCUUUUACCGGGAGGUAGGACAGCACAUUCCGUUUUUAAACUUCCCUUAAACUUGACAAGCACAGAAAGUGCCACAUGCAAUAUCAGCAAGGACUCGGAGCGGGCAGCUUUACUUCGUCAGUGCAAACUUCUGGUCUGGGACGAGUGCACAAUGUCCCACAAGCGAGCUCUAGAGGCUUUAAAUCGAUUAUUGCAGGAUGUCAGGGGGAACAGUCUAUUGAUGGGUGGCUUGGUAGUGCUCUUAGCCGGAGACUUCAGACAAACUUUACCAGUCGUACAAAAAGGGACUCCUGCAGAUGAGAUCAACGCAUGCCUCAAAACUUUUAUCCUUUGGAGUCAUGUUACCAAACUACACCUAACCCAGAACAUGAGAGUGCACCUAUUUAACGACGUUGACUCAGGACAGUUUGCUCAUGAUCUUUUGACAAUAGGCGAAGGAAGAGUACCUUCAGAUGUUCAUCAGAUGAUCAACCUACCUAACAAGUUUUGCAAUUUUGUUUCUUCUACUGAGGACCUUAUUUCAUCAGUGUUUCCAAACAUUGCAGUUAAUUACAGUUCAAGUGACUGGCUAUGCGAAAGAGCUAUACUUUGUCCAAAAAAUGACGCGGUUAACAGAAUAAAUAACAAAAUCCUUACAUCUCUACCUGGUGAAACCACCACUUUUAACUCAAUAGACACAAUUAUGGAUGAAGAACAAGCUGUAAAUUAUCCAAAGGAGUUCCUCAAUUCUUUGGAACUUUCUGGAGUUCCACCCCAUGAACUUUGUCUUAAAGUUGGUGUGCCUGUCAUGCUAAUGCGAAAUUUAGAUGCACCGAAGUUGUGCAAUGGAACAAGGUUAGUUAUAAAAAGCAUCAGACGCAACAUUGUUCAGGCCACAAUAAUUACAGGCUACGCUAAAGGCGAAGAUGUCAUUAUUCCUAGAAUCCCGAUCAUACCUACAGACCUACCAUUCAAUUUUAAAAGGCUUCAGUUCCCAAUAAGAGUAGCUUUUGCUAUGUCAAUUAAUAAAUCUCAAGGGCAAACAAUGAAGGUGGCGGGACUUCAUUUGGAAAACCAGUGCUUUAGUCACGGUCAGUUGUAUGUGGCGUGCUCCCGUGUCUCCAGUGGUAAAAACCUUUUCAUUUUAACAUCACUAGAAAAAGUCACAAACAUUGUAUACAAAAACGUGCUCUAA